CUUUUCCCACCACUAGCCAAGGCAGUUCGCGCGCUUUUUACUGCCAACUUCUUUAAACUGCGGGAAAAAAUCUUGUGGUGGUCGCAGACGGAGGAAAAUAAAAUAAUUAAAAAGUGAAUAAAACCAAGCAUCCCAGGCCAUGGACAUCGACUUCGGCGCGGAGGCGGGGCAGUCCUACCACACGGUGCAGCUCUCCGCGAAAGAAGUGCUCGCAGCGGGCCGCCGUCAGCAUUAUUGCAACAUGAUCGACUUGUUGGCUGCAAGCUGCAAGAGCUCCGGCUUAAUAGCCACCUCCUUCACGGACGACGAGCUGGUUGAGUUCUGGCUAGGCGACAUCGUGCCCCUGAUGUUCGAUGAGGACCGGAAGAUACAGGACUCCGCCGUGGCGGCUCUGGCGGAGGCUCUGGUGGCCCUCGAUGUGUCCGCCAUUCACUCGGCCAGAUGUUGGCCGCAGAUCCGCAACAAGUUUGUCGACACGUACACCACGCUCAUUGGGGAGAUGCGCGAUGCCAAGAACUCCAACUGGCAUAAGGUGUGGACACUGUUGGUGCAGAUCAUGGACGAGGAUUUGCUCAGAGGCUGUGUAUACAUCAACAAAUUCCUGGCGCUGGUUGAACUUGGCUUCCGUAACCCGGACAAUGGUGUGAGGUCGGAGGCCUUCCUCUGCUGGCGUGUGCUCAUCAAGAUCUUCGCCGCCUACGACGAAUUGGCUUCCGCAAAGAGGCUGCGGCUCUUGCUGAUCCCCCUGCGCACCUCGCAAUCGCGCUCCUCGCACGUCAGUGGCAUCAAGCUGCGUGUGUGGUGGUACCUAAUCACCUGUUUGGACAACGAACUGCCCAAGUCCUUUGAAAGUGCCGUGGAGCACUUCCUGGCCUUUAUGUUUGGCGGAGGACCGCGCAAUCUGCCUUCGGGCCUGGCCCACAACUAUCAAACUGCCCGGGAGUUGGCCUUGCCAUGCUUAGUGGCCCUUUGGGGCGUGGAGACCAGUGAACCACUGCAGCGGCUGCUAAGGGAACUGCGCCUUGAGAGCUUUAGCCAACCAUCUCCCCUGAUGAGCCGAGAAGUACUGCAGCAGCAUUGGAAGACAAUGUUGGACGCCGCCGUUUCCGGAAUGAAGUUGCUCACUGAAAACGAUGCCACCGAAGCGGAACAGCUCCUCAUCCAGCUGCUUGUGAGGAAUCUUUGCCUAGCAAUGUUUCGACUGGCGGUGGCUCCUUUUAAUGUGGCUUGCUGCGCUGAGAUCGAGAAGAUAUUAGCCGAAGGUGCCUCCGGUGGUCGAGUGGUACGUGCCCUCUUCAACACCAUUGCUGGUGAAAACCUGGAAAUGGAGCGAGUGGCUGGCAGUGACCACCUGGACGUUUUGGAGGCCUACCUGAAGCUGAUUCUGAAGUCGAGGUCGGAAGUGCCUGCGGCCAUCCUGCAGCGGAGUAUCGCUUGCAUCUUCGCCGCCGAUCGCAUUGAGGCGGGCAAUCAAAACGAGUUCCGCAUGCUGGUCUCCUUUGCUGAGCUUCUGAUGCAGACCAAUGACGAGGAGGACUUCGAGGGAUUCGCGGUGAAGCUGCAGGUGUGGCGACAGGUGUCGCAGGCUUUGACCAACUAUCUGCGCGACAAUGCGCUCGAAUACCGAGUGGCCCAUAACGCCUUGCUUCUGGACACCUGGUUGUUGUGGCCACUUCAAACGCUGGCUGGUUUUGCCGGACGCCGUGCCAGCAAUUCGUUCGAUGUCUCCUUCUGCGAGCAGUGGCGACAAUUGCUGAAUGCGGGACAAAAUGCUUCGGAGAGGAAGAAGUUCUUGACGGAACUAAAGAAAAAUCUGGCAGAACUUUUCAAGAGCAAGGACGAGCCGCUCUUAGCUGAGUUGUUCGAUGCCUAUGUAUCCUCGGUCCUCAAGCUGGGACUCUGCAAGGAAGCACCAUUGUACAAGGACGUCUUCGGCUUGCUGCAAGCCAUCUUCGAACACCCUUCAUCCCAGCAGAUGCUCGAGGCCUGCUUGAACACGCUCCGCAACUUGGUGGUGGAGUUGCGUCAGAACGAACUGAUGGUGGUCUUUGAUGCCCUGAAACCCACCUUAGCCUCGGCUAUUCAGUGCUGGAACAAGCUGAAGUGCGAGGGAGGCUUCCUGGAGGAGUGGAAGCGAGCCAUUCUGGAGAAGUUCCGCAAGUUGCCCAUGAAGAGUAUGGCGAAUCAGCUGAGGGACCUGUUCAAGGGCGACGACCUCUUCGUGAUCAUCCCCUCGGUGUGGAGCCUGAACCCCGAGAAGCUAACGGAGCGUCAGAAGGAGCGGCUCGCAGAGAAGUCGGACAUUCCAGCCCUGUACAACGACAUGUCGCAGUCGCAGGACUCGGCUUCCCUCAAGCCCUGGACCCCCAAGAAGGUGGUCAUCGCCAAGAGCAAACAGGGGGAACUGGCUCUAACCGGGAAGGAAGACAUUGAGGAAGUGAUUGAAAUCCCGCACAGCGAGGAGCCGGAGAAGGAAGCAGUGAGAGCGGAAGCCUCCACCCCUGUUCGCAAGACACCUGGCCGUAAAACUCGCGCUCAAAAGGAAGAGGACUCCGCUGCCAGGACCAACCAGCCGCCUGCCGAGGAGCCGCCAAAGCGUCAGACGCGCAUGCGGGCGGCUCAAAAGGAAACCGAAGCAGCGAAGCAACCCUCGCCAACUCCUGAUCGCCAGAUCCGGUCGCCCAAGAAACUGCCACCGCCUCCGCUCGCCCAAUCCACAGCAGCUGCCGGAAAGCAGACAAAGGCUGCAAAAACCACCCCCGUUGUGGUUAUUGAGCAGAGCGAGGAUCUCUUCCCGGAAUUCACAGCCGAACCCGAGCCUCAACCUGAACCGGUUAAGAAGCCCGACGCUUCCCCCGAAAUUCAGCUAACGCCACCGGAUGUGCCCGUGGAAGCUGUACCCUCCACCCAACUGCCGGGGAUUAGCGGGGAAGCUACUCCAGCUGCAACCGCAGCGGCUGCCGGCGAGACUUCGCCAAAGAAGCCCACCGUUCGAAUAUGCAACUUGAACUCCCCACCUGAUCGCAAGCAGACAAACAAUUCCACCAGUCCCACCUUAAGGCCCAAACCCACGGGCCACCUAACCGGCCGCGGUGCGCAGCUGAUCAACAUGAUCCGCAACAAGAAGCUGGAUGCGGCUGCCGGUUCACCCUAUGCUUCCAUGUCGACCUCUCGCCUUGUCCACCAGGGGACGCCGGCCCGUGUCCUCGAUCGCGCCGAACAGGUGUGCACGCCCACCAGCGAACUGAACGAGCUGACGGGCACGAACCACACCUCCACGCCGAUCCAGGCACCACCCUCCAAGGAUCUGCUGGUGUUCUCCAAGCGACUGCCCUCGCCAUCGGCCAGUCCCUCGGUGAGCAUCCUGAAGCGCAAGCUGCGCUGUGAGAGCCUCGAUGAUGUCACCCUGGACUCGCCGGCGCUCAAACGCAAGCGGGUGAGCUUCCACGACCCGCCGGUGUCCGUUACCAAGGAGUACCUGCGCGAUUCCGAGGAGACGCGCAGCAGCCUGAAGCCCAAGCGCUGCCUGCUGAUGGACAAGGUGGCCCAGACCAGCGAGAUGCGCCAGGCGCUGAGGAGACGCGGCCGCUUGGACAGCAUAAUCGAGAUUGAACGCUUCGCCAGCGAGCAGACGGCCAGGACAGCGACGACGGACAAGGUGCUAAACAAGUCCACUGUAGAAGCUGUCGAAGAGGACGCCUUCACCAGCCUGAAGUGGAACGACACAGCGAAUGCCCAGAACAUUAGCCUCAGCGAUGAGCCCGCCAAGGCAAUGGACGUGGAACCUGAGCCGUUGCAUGCUGGUCAAGACCUGGCCAUCAUGGAUCCAGAGGCCGCCCUCGACCUCGUGGUGGAGCAGUUGCCGCUGGAGUCGGUUUUGCAGAGAUACUUUGACAAGGGCCACCUGAAGAGCGCCGGCACGCUGGCCAAGUUCCUGUCCGCCCAAAUGGGAGCUAACGAUAAGCUGAAGACUAACGUGUUGGAGACGCUGUCGGAGAAUCACUCGAAGGAAUUUCUGGACCACGCUGUGCGCGAGAACCUCUCGUCGGUGGUGUGCGAUCGCCUCAAUCCGAACUCGGUGCUGGAGUACGUGUGCGCCAAGUCCAAGAUCAGCAACAGUUGCCGCAGCGGAUUGCUGGCCCAGGUGCCGGAAAUCCUCAAGAGCGGACCGCGUUCCGACACUGAGCGCCUGGCCUUCAUGCAGCAGCUGCUGGUGCAGUGCAGCCCCGGCGACGACCAGCUCCUCGAUCUCAUUGACCUUCUGAUGCGCACGCGUCGCGAGCGCAACAGCAGCAGCACCUCAACGCUCAUUUCCAAGGGCGUUGCAUCCGUCGCUGAAAGCCCAGACAACGUGGCCGAGACCGCGGCAGACUCCUCAUCCAACCUGUAAGUUGGACCGGGUUAAAAGUCUAGGUGAAAUAUUACGUAGUUGGCCAUUUCCCUCGGCUGAGGAUUGGAAUUCGAUUGUAUCUGCUUAGAUUUAUAUAGUUAUGUUUAAUUUGAAUUAUGUUAAGUACAAAUUUUAUGCCCGUUGGUGUAUUACGUUUCGGCUACAAUGAAUGGCUUCAUUUUUUAAUAAAUUUGAAUUUUAAAUUA